AUGCCAAAUCCUAAUCCCCUGCGGGUCGGGGUUCUCCUCGUCGACGCCGUUCAGCUUUUGGACAUUGCCGCCGUCGACCUUCUCUUCAUGACGGACCCUGAGUACAUCAAGGCUAUCGGCAUGCCAAAGCCGAUGCAAGAGCUUGGUAGAACCUGUCAGGUCCAUUAUAUCGGCCGUGGCGGAGCCAAGGAGCACUCGCCUGUGACUGCCAACAUGGAGCUCUCUUUGACCGACUCUCUUACCAGCCCCGCCGUCAGACCCGGACAACUCGACGUGCUUUUCAUUCCUGGUCCUCCUCCUGACAACAUGCCAUGCGGCGAUGACUACCUAGAGUUCCUACGGGAGCAUUUCAAGGCCGGGGCCGAGAUCAUGUCAGUCUGUACCGCUGCAUUGGUAAUUGCAUAUUCCGGCAUCACCAAAGGAAGAGUUGCUACCGCGCCUCGAUUCCUGAUCCCGCGUCUACAAAAGGAGUUCCCAGAUACGAAGCUCUGGGAUGAUUCCAUGCGAAUCGUGCGUGACGGAAAUAUCUGGUCUUGCGUAAAUGUGAUUCUCGGGGCUGCAGAUAUUGUCCCUCGCAGUAUUGAAUACCCAACUGCUCCUGCUAUUGAUAAUGCCUUUUUCUUGUGGCAAAUUAUGCGGUCCGUGCCGCGUUAUGUUCUUCGCAUGUGCACCCUCCAGGGCUAG